AUGUCUUUCCUCGCUGGACUGUGUGGGUGCUUCGUCCGAGACGAGACGGACGAAAAGUCCCCGCACUCCUCAUCGCCCGAAACUGUGCACCAAAGGUCAGACCAUAAUCGAGUGCAGACAGGGAGUUUUACCCUGUCCAACAACGGCCAGUUCAUCCGCACUGAGAGUCCAGCUGGGGUAAAUGGGCACGGACCCCCCACUGACUCGGAGGAUGAGGGCUAUUCCAGCGUGGUCCCGCUCCCGGAGUACACAGCCCGUCCCAUGAGCCUCCAUGAGAAGACUCUCGAAUCCCACAUGCGUGACCCAUCAGUCUCAUCCGAGACCCUAUCCUAUCCUCAGGAUGAAAAGAACCGUCAACUUUACGACGAGGAAGUCACCUCCGAUAGCUCUUCAGCGAUUUCCUUCCCAAGCAGCUUCGGCAACACCUCGACUGCAACAAGAGAGACUCCUCCUCCACCUUAUUCUCCUCGUCACUCCGUGAUGAUGAGUCGGUCUCGGUCUAUGUCUAUCUCAUCUGCCAUGGCGGUUGUCAUCAAUCCACCUCCUUCGGCUCGUCUGAACGCCUCACGGACUGGGCCUACAUACUCCGAGGAUGACAAUAGAUCUAUUCGCCGUCACCGCCGGGUCUCCUGGGAGAGUCGGUGA